AUGAGCCUCAACGAGCACUCGAUGCAGGCGCUGUCCUGGCGGAAGCUCUACCUCAGCCGGGCCAAGCUCAAAGCCUCCAGCCGCACCUCGGCGCUCCUCUCCGGCUUCGCCAUGGAAACCCACAAAAUUUACAAGCAGAAAUUGGAGGAACUCACAAGCUUGCAGGUGGCUUGCAGCAGUUCUGUAAAGAAGCAAAAACAGAGACUGAAGGAGUUGCAGGAUAACUUUAAAAGGUGCGACGGCCAGGGCAGCUCAGAAACGGAGCUCAUCCUGCAGAUCAACAACCAGAUCCGUGACCGCCAGAAUGUUUUCUUCGACAUGGAGGCCUAUUUGCCGAAGAAGAACAGUCUGUACUUAAAUCUGGUGUUGGGGAACGUUAAUGUUACUCUGCUAAGCGAUCAGGCCAAGUUUGCCUACAAAGACGAAUAUGAAAAAUUCAAACUCUACUUAACCAUCAUCCUGUUGCUCGGAGCGGUUGCCUGCCGGUUUGUUCUCCAUUAUCGGGUCACUGAUGAAGUGUUCAAUUUCCUCUUGGUUUGGUAUUACUGCACGCUGACGAUAAGAGAAAGCAUCCUCAUUAGCAAUGGAUCGAGGAUUAAAGGCUGGUGGGUGUCUCAUCAUUACAUUUCUACGUUCUUAUCUGGGGUGAUGCUAACUUGGCCAGAGGGUCUCAUGUACCAAAUGUUCCGGAACCAGUUUUUAUCUUUCUCCAUUUUUCAGAGCUGUGUCCAGUUCCUUCAAUAUUAUUAUCAGAGUGGGUGCCUUUAUCGACUCCGUGCUCUGGGGAAGAGAAACCACUUAGAUCUCACAGUGGAGGGGUUUCAGUCCUGGAUGUGGCGAGGUCUGACGUUUCUCCUCCCUUUUUUGUUCUUUGGGCAGUUUUGGCAACUCUACAACGCGAUCACCCUUUUCGAACUGUCCAGGCACAAGAAGUGUAAAGAAUGGCAAGUUUCAGUUCUGGCUCUGACAUUUCUGAUUCUCUUCCUCGGAAACUUCCUCACCACGCUGAAAGUGGUCCACACAAAAUUCCAGAAGAACAAAACCAAGAAGUUGUGAAAGAGGAGGACUGAACUGGCAGGCAGGACAAGUCAACGUGGGAUGGAGUUGUGGUUCAUGGUGGCCUUCUCUGCAUGUGUUCCAACUAGUUCUCCAGCUUCCUGACUGGCCUGCCGCUAAGCAAAGCCCUGGAGGAAAUGCCACUCAACGUCCCGUUGUCUCCUCCAAAAAUGACUGAUUGCCCAAUGCUGCUGUCUUCCCACCAAUGAGUGACCUGUUUAUAUAUUUAUACUGAAUGCAAGAUCCCAAACUUUGGGGAGACAUAAUGUUGGUCCUCUCUGGGAGGGACACGGAGAUAGAAUUAUUAUGGAAUAAAGCGAGCUUUAAUUA